GUUCAGUUUGUCAGUGUCAAGAAAAUGCAAGUGCAAUUUACGAUUUACGAUACAAGUACGAAAUAAAAUAUAAAUAACAGCCAACAAACAUCGUUAGUAUAGUUUAUAUCACCGAUUGCUGAAAACUGGUUCACUAAUUUGAUAAUUUUAGCUUGUAAAACUAUUCCUAAUACAAGAUAUUAAGAUAACUUUAUUCAAAAUAGGGUAAAUACAGUUUUAUCAUGUAAGAACAUUACCAAGUCUGGAAUAGAUAUAUAAGAAAUUGGCUAAGAUUGGUCAUGACAUCCCUAACAAUUCAAGAUGUUUUCUGUUUCGGAUUCAAUAAAACGAGCAACAAGAAAAUUGACAAAGAUGGUGUUCUGCCAUUUAUUAUAUUGCCAAUUUUAUUACUGUUUGCUACUAUAUCUUUAACGAUUACCAUAAUAAUUAUGAUUGCUAUUGGCAUGGGAGCAUUAUAUGUUCAGACAAGACCACGGCAAAAGAACAGAUCACCAUUUUUUUUCUCAUGGACCUUGUCAUCUGGUAUUUGGAUGUUUCUAGUAUUUGAAAUUGCAAUACUAAGAUUACUUGAGAUAACACAAUUGGAGCACUUUAUUUUCUUGGUACUACUGGCAUGCACAUGUUUUUACUUUUAUAAAGUAAAAGCAAUUGCGGAUUUUGAACUAGCAACUGGGUCAUCAAAGGGUAAAGAAUACAGCCCAGUGUUAACAUCAGACUCACAUUACUGUCAAGUUUGUCAAAUUGAAGUUAAUGAUAGAUUUUUCCAUUCAAUUUGGUGGAAUUGUUGCAUCUUAAGACAAAACUACAUUUACUUCUUUAUUGGGCAGUUGUUUGCAUUCACAACAAUCCUGUAUGGAACUAAUUUGGGUCUUACAACAAUAUGUCAGCCAUUUUUACUAUAUGGCAUUAUUCUGUUACCUGAAGACUGUCAAGAUGUGUAUUUUGAGUUCCAAUUAGCAAUAUCAUUUGUUUGCUGCAUGUAUGGAUUGGGAUACUUGUGUGUUGUUACCCUUAUAUUGAUACGCCACUUCUUUGUAUUUAUACCGAAGUACAUGGCGCCACAGUGGAAGAAAUUUGUAAAUGCGACAGUGUGAUAUAAUCACAAUUACUAUAUACAUUUCCAAAGAUAUAAAAUAAUUAAAUAUAAUGCUAAUUUAGUAAUUAAAAAAAUGUGUAGAUCGAAACUCUUAAUAAGAGAUAAAAUAUAAUUGGUCAUAAUAAGUAGUCAUUAAUACUGUUUACGAUAUUUUUAGUAUGAAAAUCUGGGCUUUUUAAUGCAUUACUAAUCAUCCAAAAUGAUUGUUAGUGUAAGAUUUUAAUUUUAUUGCCUAAUUUUUUGGUUGGCAAAUUACAUUGCGUACAAAAGAGGACUUAUAAAUUCCAAACUUUAAUAAACACAAUUCUAAAAGCAUAUCAGCAUUUUAAGUCUUAAAAGACUUUGAAAUAAUUUGUUAAAAAUAUAUAAAAUGUAUAACGAAAAGUGAACUAAAUAUCUAAGUAUCUAUUAC